AGUGGCCAGGGAGGAAGGGAGAGGUCGCUGGCAAUGACACCCACAUUGGGUUUCUGUGAUGGGAAAAUGGACGAGAGGUCUGGUGGAUUGAUUUCCCUCUGGAGUGUCCGCCACACCAGUCUCUCCUUCCUCAUCUCCAUGCCCAGCCCUCAGCCCAGUCCUCAGCCCCUUCACAGCUCCGGAAUUCGGCCUGCUGCAGACCCGCCCACUUCUGUAGCUUCACGGGACGUUACAGAUAAGUCAAGGGUGGGAAAGAGAGAGGGAAAAGUUUAGGUAGAAAACUACAGGAGGUAGAAGUUAACGGGGCUGGACAAGUGUUCUGUAUUCCUGAUGAAAAUGCUAGGCCAUUCUCCCCGCCCUAGACUCAAAGAACGGGCAAAGGAGAAAGCGAGAUAAACAAAAAACCCGGAACAGCCUCCCAGGCCCAUCUCCCAGCCCCACCCGCCAGGCGAUGCUGGGGAUUCAGAUACCUCCGGUGUGUGCUUCCUGUUUGCAUCUGUCUACUUCUGGCUGCCCCAGUUAUUAUAUUGCCAAGUGCUUGACUCCCUGUACCCAUGAGGAGGAUGAGCCCAGAUUGUGGGAACAUCUUCGAAAAGGGGCUGUGCUAGAAUAGGCCAGCGUAUUGUUCCCGCUUUCUCCGGAAUGAGUGUUUACCCACACUGUUACCGAAGUUCUCUUGGGCCUUGGAGAGACUGGAAAAGUUCCCAGCUGCAUGACCUUGGGCCCAGCUCUCUCUCUCUCUCUCUGGGGGGCUCUGGGAUCCUGAUCAGUCAAACGGCAGAGUCAGGUGAUCACUCUGUGUGUGGUCCCUGUGAAGAGGGCAUUGGAGUAGAGGGAGGGGAUCCCCUGCUCUGCCAUUUGGUGCUGUCCUUGUCAUGACUAACUGGCAACCGUCCUGGCCAGGCGCAUCUGCUCUGUGACUAUACCUGUGAAAUGGAGGUGCUGUCAUUGCCCAGGGCUGUGGGACCAGAGCCUGGCUACGUCCAGGACCCGGAAGACUCCAUUUUUCAUAAUAUGGUAAAGGGCAGGCUGAAGACACGGAUUUCUCUCUGGAUGUGGUAUAGUCUCGGGAGGCGCCCGGUAUGAGUGGGCUUGGGCUUGAGCUCCCUCCCCUGAUAACCUCUCGAGGGGCAGUUAAGGAAUGAUCCUUCAAGCGUGUGUGCGGGGCGGGCUAAGUGCUAGAGCUGAGGAGGUGGUGGCUGUGGGUCACAGGCCCUUCAAUCACAAUUGGAGGAAGGGAUUCAGGAAGUACUCACAGCUGCUCAGACAUCUCCGAGCCAAGUUCCAGGCAGCGCCAACAAAACUCACAGCGGGCUUCGGGGAAGGGCGUCGUGGCCACCUGGGGUGGUCACCAGACAAGGAGCGAAUGGCAUCAGAUACAGUCAGAGCUGGCAUGCUUGAGGUCCGGGGGGAAUCAUGUGCUUACAUCUUUCCUGAUGGUGCUUCGAGAAGAUGCUAGUGGAACUGACCAGAUCUCUUGGACGUCUGACCUGAGGUUAAACGCUAGACCAGGGAUCAUCUGAUUCCAGCAGAAGGGUUACUGGCCUAGAAUGGCACAGUCCAAGACCGCAGACCAGCAUCUUAAGAGACUGAGGAGAGACGGCCAUCCAGCCUAGAGGCCGUUUCUGAUGGGACACUAAGGCUCAGAGACCCCCUUCGUGUGACAAGUGCCACCGGAAACCAUGGAGACCGCAGUGAUCGGGAUGGUGGCAGUGCUGUUCAUUGUCACCAUGGCCAUCACCUGCAUCCUCUGCUACUUCAGCUAUGACUUGAAGACCCAAGACCCAGACAGGGACCCCAGGAACAGCUUCACCGUGGCCACAUUUCACCAGGAGGCUUCGCUCUUCACAGGGCCUGCUCUCCAAUCCCGGCCAUUGCUGAGUGCCCAGAACUUCUGGACUGUUGUGUGAGGCUGGCAGUCCCUCAGCUUUGCUCUGCUAGUAGGUCAGGCCUGCCUACCCCUUCAAUAACCAUGCUCUGGCGUCUCGCUCUUCCCAGGCCUCUGUCUCUGCCUUUAAAUGUUCCAUAAACUUCUUGCCUUUUCUCCCAUAUCUGCUUGCUCUGCCCUCUAUCCUGGGGGACCUGAGGUGUUAGGAUCAGGUGUGAGUUUCCUCUUAGCUGAGAAAUCAGCUGGGCCCUACUCACAGUGGGGCUGAGCAGGUGUGGACAAACACUGUGUGGGAUUCUAUGGCGGGGUAGCUCCAGCCAGCUGGGGAACCUCCCCAGAAGUUAGUACCCUGUCAGCGGGAUGCCUGUGAUAAAGGUGGAUGCGCCACCCAAGGAACCCGCGCCCUCAAGUGGACGUUUUGAGGAACUACUUCUUAUUUGUUUGUAUUUUUGGAUGCCUCAUAACACCCAACCCUGAGACUUGCUCCUUAAUCAGCCCUGAAACUCUGAAACCAAAGAGCUGUUUUCUGGGAACAAGUGACUUAUUUUAUAAUUGCGAACGUAUAUCCUUUUAUGGGUCUUUCCAAAUCUGCUUGGGAAAACCACAAAAGGAAGCAGAAUAGUAAAAGAGCCACAGAAAGCACAAGGUGUUUCAUUAGCAGGAAGGCCACCGAGAAGACUUUUAAGCACGUUUUGAACAAGACUUGCUUUAUUGCUAUAGUCUGACAGACCGCGUCUAUUCUUAGCAGAUGUGAGGGAUUUGCGUCACUUAGGAACUGAGAGAUAAUUCCAAAAAAGUUAAAUGUUGUUACAUUUCAGUGCCUGUGAAGAAGUUGUUUUUACCACAAAUAAAGGGACAUUUGUUUCUUA